AUAAAAACAUUUCAACACUUAUAUGGUCCGUCUUCGUUGGUUUUGACGAACAGAGGAAUAAAACAGGGAGCCAACAUAAUCCUAAAAUCCUCCUCCUUUUACCGUUUGGAGGUGGUUGAAAGAACCACCGAUCCCUUUUUAUCUUCCUUCCCGAUUCAAUCAAACAAAAAAUCUCGUAUCCAGUUUCAUCUUCGGACCCCCAUUCUGUUUCUGAAUCCUUCGGCCCGUUCAUCGAUUCGUUUCUUGAUCAUCUAAAUCCAAUAACCCACAAAUUUCGCGAGAAAUUGGUCCGAAUUGUUUGUAGAUUCUCCGAUCCCAUGUGCAGGAAUUGAGGGUUACAAUAAACCUUAAUCGGGCUCGGAGAGAAGAUGGGUGCCAUGUCGAAGAGAGUGAUGCCGAUUUGCGACAGCCUGUGCGUCUGUUGCCCGGCAAUGCGGCCGAGAUCGCGGCACCCUGUGAAGCGAUACAAGAAGCUCUUGGCUGAUAUAUAUCCAAGAAAUAUGGAUGAAGAGCCCAAUGAUCGAAAAAUCAGUAAACUGUGUGAAUAUGCUUCAAAGAAUCCUCUUCGAGUCCCCAAGAUUACAAGCUUACUCGAGGAAAAGUGCUAUCGGGAAUUGAGACAUGAACACUUCAAGCGUAUAAAAGUUAUCAUGUGUAUCUACCGAAAAUUGAUUUUAUCUUGUCAACAACAAAUGCCAUUGUUUGCUGGUAGUUUUCUCAAUGUCAUACACAUUUUGUUGGAUCAAGCAAGGCAUGAUGAAAUUCGAAUAAUUGGUUGCCAGGCACUUUUUGACUUUAUAAACAGCCAGAAGGAUGGAACCUAUAUGUUUAACUUUGAAGGUUUGAUUCCAAAGCUUUGUAAUAUGGCUCAAGAGAUGGGAAACGGUGAAAAUAUCCGGCGUUUACACUGUUCUAGUCUUCAAGCGCUUUCUUCUACAAUUUGGUUCAUGGGUGAAUUCUGUCACAUCUCAACUGAUUUUGGCAAUGUUGUCUCUGCUGUCCUUGAAAAUUAUCAAGAUCCUGACGAUAACAGAGUCUGUCAAACUCAGUCUGGUCAGGAUACCCAGAACUCAGCCGAUCAUCAACACAAGCAAGUUCCUUCAUCAUCAGAUGCCAUGAAAAGGACCAUUUCUUGGAGGAAGAUUGUCAAUGAUAAAGAUUAUUUAACCACAGAAGAUACUGGAAACCCGAAAUUCUGGUCCACGGUUUGCUUGCAUAACAUGGCAAAGUUGGCCAGAGAGGCUACAACUGUACGGCGAGUUCUUGAGGCUCUAUUUUGUUACUUUGAUCGAGGCAACCUAUGGUCUCUUGAGUCUGGACUUGCACUUCCUGUACUGCUCGACAUGCAAUCAAUAGUAGAAAAUUCUGGGCACAAUCCUCAUUGCUUACUAUCCACCGUGAUCAAGCAUCUUGAUCAUAAGAAUGUUCUGAGGAACCCAAGAAUGCAAGUGGACAUUGUUCAAGUUGCUACCUCUCUGGCUAAAGUGACCAAGGCCCAGCCAUCUGUGAUGAUUGUUGGUGCAUUCAGUGAUAUGCUGAGGCAUUUGAGGAAAAGCAUACACUGCUCUCUUGGUGUCUCGGAACUUGGUGAGGAAAUAAUUCAAUGGAAGAAGAAGUUGCAUACUGCCAUAGAUGAGUGCCUUGUUCAACUGUCUUAUAAGAUUGGAGAUGCCGGGCCAGUGCUGGAUGUCAUGGCUGUAAUGUUGGAAAACAUUUCGAAUGCAACUGUGGCAAGAAAUUCAAUCGCAGCCGUCUAUCGUGCUGCUCAGAUCGUUGCCCUCUUGCCAAAUAAAUUGUAUCAAAACAAGGCUUUCCCCGAAGCAUUAUUUCAUCAGAUUCUUUUAACCAUGGUCUCUCCAUACCAUGAAACAAGGGUGGGAGCCCAUCGUAUAUUUUCCGUUGUUCUUGUUCCAUCAUCUGUUUGCCGGCAAACUGAUUUCACCAGCCAGUGUUCGGCUAACCGCGCUGCUGACAUGGAAAUGGCACUUUCUAGAUCGGUUUCUGCCUUCUCUUCUUCAGCAGCUCUAUUUGAUAGAUUGAUGAACGAACAGUAUUCUUCACAAACAUCUGCUGAACAAGCUGACGGAUCUUUAAUAGAUAUCGAAUCAAAGUCCAAGGAACAAUCCUUACUGACACGACUGAAAUCAAGCUACAGUAGAAAGUAUACUACUAAAAGACAUUCUCUUCCUCCUGUUUUGGGUAAUAUGGAGAAUGAGAAGGGAGUAUCACUUAAACUGAAAAACCGGCAAGUCAGCCUCUUGCUCUCUUCAAUCUGGGUGCAGGCAACCUCCAAGUUGAAUACACCUGCAAAUUAUGAGGCAAUUGCACAUACGUACAGCUUGAUAAUGCUAUUUUCACGAAACAAGAAGUCUAGGCAUGAUACUCUUAUUCAAGGUUUUCAGCUAGCGGUUUCGCUAAGGAGUAAAUCUCUUCAAAGAGGCGAGCUUAAACCAUGUCGUCAGAGAGCGCUUUUUACUUUGGCUACAUCAAUGAUCAUUUUCUUAUCAAAAGUUUACAAUUUUCUUCCUCUUCUCUACUCUGCCAAGGCUGCAUUAAGGGAUGAGAUUGCGGAUCCUUUUCUCCGGUUGGUGGAUGACUGCAGGUUGCAAGCUUUACAUAAUGAAAUUGUAGCAGAUGACGUGGUAAAAGUUUUCAGUUCAAAAGAAGACGAUGAAGAUGCGCUGAGGUCACUUUCAUUGAUAAACAUUAGCGGUGACCAAUCUCCAGAAGCUUUUGCUUCGAUGAUUUUGGAAAAUUUGGGAAAACUCUCUGAUGCUGAAAUGUCCAAUAUCAAGGAACAAUUGCUUAAAGAUUUUACUCCUGACAAUGUAUGCCCAUUGGGAGUGCAGCUAGUCGUGAAUUCACCAUGCAGAAUCUACCAACACGGUUCUAAAGAAAUUUCUGAAGAGGCCGAUCAUGCAAUGUUUUCAAUAAGCGACGACUGCCCCACUGAUUCUUUUGGCAGUCAAACAGAUUCAAGCUCACAGUUAACUAUGGAGAAUCCCAGUUUAUUGAGUGUCGACCAAUUCAUGGAUAUGGUUUCUGUAACAACAAAAGAGGUUGGACAAGACUCGACUAUAACCCCAUCGGACUUGCCAUUCAAGGAUAUGGCAAGUCAAUGUGAAGCUCUUCAGGUCGGCAAGCAGCACGUCAUGUCAAGCGUCACGGUUUCCCCAGCAAGCUCCUGCCAUGACGACAGCAACAAGCCAUCCGAUUCAUGUCAUCAGUCGGGAUCUGUUACUGCACAAUCGGUCACAGCUGAUCCCGUGCAAUGUGGAGACGAGCUCCAGCAUUAUCCCAACACAUUCCAUCUCCCGGCUUCUAGUCCUUACGACAACUUCUUGAAGGCUGCUAAUGGUUAAUGCUGAGUUCUCUGAUGUUGUCUUAAAAUCUUCCUCGAGUAAUUAUUUGUUGAUUGUUUUGUUAAAAGGGGAUUCUUUGUCACACUUGGGCUCCAUGGAGCACAUGUAUAGCUUUGAUGAUGAUUGUAAUAAACUUGUUCUUAUUUGGUUCUGAUGACAACAUGUAUACGGAAUAAAAGAGAAAAAUAUUGGGGUUCUUUUUAA